AUGGCGGAUACGCUCCCCAUCGGUUACCGGUUUUCUCCGUCCGACGAACAGCUCUUCUUCUAUUACCUUGCGCAUAGGGUGAGGGGGGAUUUAUCGUUUUCCAGAUUCAUCCCCGAGUUCGAUGUGUACGAGAAGGAACCGUGGAAGUUCUUCGACGAGGACGCGGACAGGAGCUUGUACGUCUUCACCAAGAUCAAGAUGAAGAAGUCCAGAGCGGAAAGGACGGCGGGGUCGGGGUUCUGGAAGGGGGUGAAAACCACCGACAUCGAAGAUCAUCAGGGCAAUAUCGUCGGCCACAAGAAGCACUUCAACUUUAAAGUGAAAGACGGCUCGUCUUUCGAACGCGAAAACGCAGCAAAGGGAUCUUGGAUCAUGCACGAGUACUCCAUGCUUAAACAAGAAUGUACCCGUAGAAUUAGAAUAGUGCCGCUUCUAUAUCCUAGGGUUUCAUCAGGUUCGGAGGGGGAAUUCUCGACUUUGGCAUCUCAACCGUGCUUAGCAAUCAGUGCACAGCCAGUGUUCAAUAAUGGGGGUUUCGUAAGUGAACGAAGGCCAAUCGAGCAAAGCUUCAUGGGCAUCGCGACAUCCGGUGGAAACGCAAAUUCACCUGCGUUUCCAAUCACGGAAGAGAAUACUUACGACGAUGACAGUUCUCAAUGGUUUCUUGACCACAUCAAUCUCGAUUGGACAAAUGGCUGGGAGGACCUUGAAGACAUCUUCGUACCAGGUGAAUGGCCUCUAGCACGUGAUGUUACCGCAUCAGAGUUCGCCCCUUUGAUGGUAGAAGCACUCGAGCAAUCGUUCGGCAAAGAUCUACGAGAAUAUGUAAAUAGUCCAUUGCAAGAACUGAAUUAA